AGGACUUCGACGAACAGGGGGUGUAUAUAUAUUUUAGCCAUCAGAUCGAAUGGUGUAUACCGGUUGAGCUCUCGACGGAGCCGAACGGUUAUCUGUAUACACCGGAUAGACUACCUCUGACAAGAAGCUAAAACAACAUUGAAGAACAAUACAAACUGGACAACCAUUAUCAUAAAGUUGAACGUUGGGACACAUAGCAGCCUUUUAAUUUAUUUCUUGUGAAUGCUAUAUUGACCGUUUAAAAGGACUUCUUACAGUGUUGGACAUUCUUAAGAUAUUCAACAUGAAUUUAAUGUGCUGUGAGACGGAGUCACAAAGAAGAGCAUAUGAGGAUCCCGUGCUUCUAAAAGACUAUCGAGUUCUGCAAAAUUUACUUCAAACAGAGGAUAGAUACAUGCCUUCGCCCACCUAUUUUUCUUGUGUUCAAACAGACAUUAAACCUUAUAUGAGGAAAAUGGUCGCUCAAUGGAUGCUUGAGGUUUGUGAAGAGCAACAGUGUGAAGAGGAGGUUUUCCCUCUAGCAAUGAAUUACAUGGACAGAUUUCUGACAGUGGUAGAUAUACCACGGACAAGACUCCAACUGCUUGGUGCAGUGUGUAUGUUCCUGGCAUCCAAAUUAAAAGAAACCAACCCCCUAACCUCAGAGAAACUGGUCAUAUACACAGACAGAUCAAUAACGCUAGAGGAGUUAACGGAAAUGGAAUUGUUUGUUCUGAGUAAAUUAAAGUGGGAUUUAUCGGCAGUGACACCACAUGACUUUUUAGAACAAAUUCUGUCUCGGAUUUGUCCGGACCAGGAGCGGUGCAAUGUGAUAAAGAAACACUCCCAGACUUUCAUAGCUUUGUGUUCUACAGACUGCAAGUUUAUAAACUACCCUCCCUCCAUGAUAGCAGCAGGCAGUGUAGGAGCUGCGGCCCAUGGACUCCUAAAGACAGACAACACAAAACUAUUACAGAGCCUCCAUCAGAUCCUGAAUAUUGAUGUGGACUGUUUAAAGUCAUGUCAGGAUCAGAUCGAACAGACUCUCUCCUCAAAUUUGUCACAUAUGGCACAGUUGUCGGAAUCAGCACCACCCAAGGUGGAGAUCCACGCCAACCACCGUGUUCAACAUGAGGGACAGCCCACCACCCCCACAGAUGUUCAAGAUAUAGUCUUCUAAACAACCCCCACCCCCCUCCCACUCAGAGGUCUCUCCCCCUGUCCUGACGCUGGGUAGAUGGGUACCGAGUAUUUCUGUUGUAUGGUAUACUUUUCUACUUCCAGAGUCAGGAUUGGUCGCUCAUAGAUUGUUGGUUGCUUAGGUCAGUUAUUAUUUUGAAAAUUAUCCACACAAAAAGAAUUGUAUUUAAAAAAUUUACUAGAAGAGUUAAAAGCAUAGAUUUGAAUGAUUAAUUUAUGCAUUUGUAAUCUAUUGACUUCUCUUAUACCUCUAAAAAUAUGGAAAAAAUAUGUAAAAAUAUAUUGAAAAACAAAAACCUAAUAAAAUAGUUUAGUCAGUGUUGUAUACAAAAAAUAAGUAACUGCAUGCUUUAUGUAUAUUCAAUAUAUUGAUAAGUUUCUUAAUGUGACUGCCUUAUGCAACCAAACCAAAUCAAAUCGAAAAUUAUUCCUACAGCUGCCAACAAAAUUUAGUUUGCAUUUACAGAGGGUUUUUUUUGUUAUAUUUCAUUAUUCUGCACCCUUUGUCAUACCAGAUCUUCAUACUUCUGAGUAUUAUAACCCCUGACCCCUUGAACCUGAGGUCAGCAUCACGUGGUUAGGUGGACCCUGAAUAGAAAUCACUGCCUUAAAUAUUUCUGAUAAACUGUGCCAGAUCUAGACACCAGAGCCCAUGUGUUCAUAAUUUAAGAAAACAAAUAUGUGAUAUAGACUCUAUACGAUUUUUUUUUAAUUUUUGUCUGGUGUUGAUGAAUUGUGUGCUCUGUUAUGUUUCAAAAGGGCCUUGCUUUGUUACUGUGUAUAAUUUGUUGUCUGUUUGAAAUGUUUGAAACCUUUUCUUACAUGUGGUACUGCCUGUUUUUACCUUGUAUAUAUUUUUUCAACUUUCAUAGUUUCAUUGCUGGUUUACUUUCAUUUUCAACUUUCAUUUUCCAAGUUCGUUUUUUUAAACAAAACAAAAAAAUUCAUGAUAUAUUUUUAACUCUCUAAGAAGUUAUCCAUAUGCAUCAUUAUAAAAUGUAUUCAUAAAAAUGGUGCUUAUGAUAUAUAUACAUAUAAAAGAACAAAUCAUUUUCUCAAUAUGGCAUUCUAUAAGAAAAUCUCUGUAGCUUGGCGUCAUGAAUUCAUUUCAUCCCAUUAUGUCACAAAACUUUGUCCAGUCUUGUGUAUGUUAUGAACUAUUUGUUAGAACAAAAAGAAUAGUGCUAUAUUUUAUACAGCGGUAUCUCUCUGCAUGCGUAAAUUUUAUAUAAAAUAUAUAUUUAUAUAUAUUUGAUACAAAAAUCAUGAAUUAUUUUUGACAAGCAUGUUUUUUUUUAAAAUCAUUCAAUUGUGUUCAUUGGGAUCAAAUUUUUCUCAUCCAAAUUUCUUGGUUGUCUUAAAGGGACCAAAAAAAGAAAAGAUCUGAAACAUUUCCAUCUUUUUUUCCAACCAAGCAAAUUCUCAUUACCAUGGAAACCAUGAAUAAUGUGUUCAAAAUUAUUUAUAAUUUUCAACUAAGUUGAAAACAAGUUGCAUUUUUGAUAUUUUCAAUUAAUUUAUUUAUUGUAAAAAGUUUGUCUCAUUUUAUUUUGCCUUCCUAGUUGGGAAGCGGCGAGAUGCCGUUUCUACAGUUGACAGUAUAGAUGAUACGUUUUCGAUCAAUGAAGCGAUGAAUUUCAUUUGCUUUUUAUUUUGCAAGACCAUAACCUCACUUUGAAGUCAUGUGACCUCAACUUCACUGUGAGAAGUCACAUGACGCAGAAGUAAAUAUCAUAAGUGUGAGCCCACUUGUAAACUUGAUUAUGGUUACAUGUUUAUGAAAUGGUAAGCAUACACAAAACUUUUUUUCGAGCUUACCGAGAUCUGUGUUGACGUAGAAAAAAAAAUCCAUUAAUUUUUUUUUUUCGAAUAAGACUAGCAUGUAUUGUGUAUCCUAAUAUAUCCUGUAUCCAAGCCCCUCGCCCUGCCGCUCUGUGAUUUUCCAGUCCACAAUAUUGUACAAACCUUGCAACCGUGGUUAUUGUGUCUCAAACAAGUACAGGGCUCCAGAGGCACUAUUUUGUCUUUUUUUUUUUACCUUAGCAAAAUAAUGAAAGUAAUUAUUUUUUAUCUGUGUCUUUCAAGUUUAAAGAAUUUCAAUUUAUCUGUGAUAUUUUUUUCUCAAUACCAAUGAUAGAUGUAUGAAAGAUUGAAAAUAUGAGGAUUAUGAAUGAAGAAUGCAGACGUCACUAGAAUUGCGGGUAUAACUAGUUUCAAUGCAAUUUUUGCAUAUGAUGAAUUAAAAUGGCGACCAGUCGACUAGCUCGUACAGUUUGUUUUAUCCUCGCAAACAAAGAAUGUGAUAGAGUUCAAUUUUUAACCCCGUAGCGCUGCAAUUUUUAGAGGAUAGGACUAUUGUACGAAAGGUUAUGGUCUCUUGAUUUGUAGAGGUCGUGAUACAACAGGGUUUUGAAGUACAAGAAUGUAGAAACACAAAAAGUAUUGGUUGCAUUGUAUUUUGACUCUGAUGACUGUACAUGUACGUGUUUUUGUCAAAAAUUGUACUUCGUUCUCUGGACGACUUAACGUUUUACAUCAGAACAUUGUUCUGUGUAAAUAAAUUGAAGGCAAUAAUAAAAUAUUUGAAAAAUGAAAA